CAUCAAGGUCUCGAGUUUCCUCGAUAAUGGACACAAUGGAUUUAUACCACCUACUUAGACUCAUUAACAAUUUCUGCACAAUUCUUUGUUCAGUCACAUCUUCACCAAGGGAUUUCAGAUUGUUCACAAUUCCAAAAAACCUACCCAAAUAGUCAUCUAGGUUUUCACUAUCUAUCAUUCUCAUAUACUCAAAAUCAGCCCUAACUGCUUGAAGUUUUACAGCUCUUACCUUUUUAUCUCCUCUGAACUCUCUUCUCAGAAUGUCCCAUGCCCCUUUUGCAGUCUUCUCAUUUCUGAUGCGAGGGAAAAGCUCAUCGGUUAUGGCUCCUUGUAUAAGACUCAGCGCCUUGGCAUUCUUUAUUCUGUCUUCUCUGGAGAUGGUAGGUGCUUCCACUGGAACUUGCUCAGCCUCACUACCUUCAUCUCCAGAAUCUUCUUCCUCCUCGAGAAUCGGCUGUGGUUGUACUCCAAUCUCUACUACAUCCCAUAGGUCAUGCGCUAUGAGGAUAGUCUCCAUCUUGACUGCCCAAAAAUCAUAGUUUGCACCAUCAAACUGUGGAGUUCGUAAAUCUCCACCUGAAGAACCUGAUCCCACCAUUUUCUUGGUGAAUACCAGUGAACCAACAAUAAAGGAACCACCUUUAUCCCCUUUUGGGAAUUUUUCAGGAAGAACCUCUCUCACAGUUUCACGCCCCUCUCUGGAAUCAGACCUAGUGCUCUGAUACCAUGUUGAAAUGGUAUCGGGCUUUAUACUUUAGGUUGAUUAAUACACAAAGAUUGAAGCUUUAAAAACCAGAAAAUCUAAGAAGGAAGAGCACAGAGAGUAGCAAGGACUCAUCUCCAGCCAUACAUACCAUCGGAGGCCACGAUCCUUCCACUUGGAGAAGGAUCGGGUAACACAGUACAUCCCAAAACAGAUAAGAAUAACAGCUGUAAGGUUUCUAAAACAAGAAUUAAAACUAGCCGUUACAAGUUUAAAAAGCUAAUGGCUAUUUCUAAAAAUAGCAGUUCUUCAUCUUUUCGAAUUCUUCAUUCUCUUCACUUUCAACCUGCAGGAUUGUCAUCUGCAAGUUGAUUUAAGCUUAGUAUGCAGCUUAAUUCUCAACAUCUUUACUUCGGGGGAUGAAACUCCAUAGAAUAUGAUGGUGCAAAUUUAGAUAUAAAUCUGCAUAUAUAAACGAGGAGGAGGAGGAUGAUGGCUGCAGGAAAUGGACAAUUGACGGUUCCUCCAGGGUUCCGAUUCCAUCCGACAGAUGAGGAGCUUCUCUACUAUUACCUCAGGAAGAAAGUGUCUUAUGAAGCCAUCGACCUUGAUGUUAUUGGGGAGGUGGAUCUCAACAAACUCGAACCCUGGGACCUCAAAGAGAAAUGCAGAAUAGGGUCAGGGCCUCAGAAUGAGUGGUACUUCUUCAGCCACAAGGAUAAGAAAUAUCCAACAGGAACUCGUACAAACCGCGCAACCACAGCUGGGUUUUGGAAGGCAACUGGGAGAGACAAAGCGAUCCACCUCACCAGCUCCAAGAGAAUUGGCAUGAGGAAAACCCUAGUCUUUUACACUGGCCGCGCUCCCCAUGGCCAAAAGACCGACUGGAUCAUGCACGAGUAUCGCCUCGAAGAUGAUAACAUUACUGCUGAUCAAGUUCAGCAGGAAGAUGGAUGGGUGGUAUGUAGGGUUUUCAAGAAGAAGAAUCACAACAAAGGUUAUCAACCAGAAUUUGCUCAUCAUCAAGAUCAUCAAGAGCACGAACACUUCACGAACAUGAAGGCAAGUGGUUCUCAUGCCCCGAUACUACUAGAUCAUCACGAUCAUCAUCAGCAAAAACAAAAUCACCAUCGUCUGGAAGGACUAUAUGAUUAUCCUAGUAGCUUUGAUCACGCUGGAUCCAUGCACCUCCCACAGCUGUUCAGUCCAGAGUCGGCUGUCGCUGCUUCAUCCUUUGUAUCACCGCACAAUAUCAACUUGAACACGAUGGACAUUGAGUGUUCCCAAAACCUGUUAAGGCUAACAUCCACCGCCGCCGCGGCAGCUGCAGCAGCAUCUGGUAGUUGUGGACUCGUGCAACAGCAGGAGAGGUCCUUCAUCAGUGGUGGUGAUUGGUCAUUCUUGGACAAGCUCCUUGCAUCUCAUCAGAACCUCGAUAUUAAUCACUCAACGUCGCAAACCAAAUGCAACCCUUCUUCAUCGACUCAACAACUUAGUAACUCUCAUGAUCAUGAUCAUGUGGGUACUUCAUCAUCAACGCAGCAGAGAUUCCCAUUUCAAUACCUUGGGUGCGGAACUGACUUCUUAAAAUUUUCCAAGUAGCUAGCUAAGGCGGCUAGGGCUCUACAAACCCGCAAAGUCGCGGAUCGAUGGAUACAGUGUACUUCAUGCAUGGAUGGAUGUCCAUCCUAUAUCAUUAAGCUGUACGGCAGUCUUUUUCAGUCUUAAUUGUUUUGGUAGUUAUAUUACAAACUUGGCUCAGAUUCUAUAUCCUUUCCUAAUUAAUUUAUUACUUCUCCUUUGGCAUCAAAAUGUAUAUAACUAAAUUCAAACAA